AGGUUACAUUAGGCCGGAGCGGAAAGCUGCAUUUUCAGCAAUUGCCUAUCUACGCAUCUACGGCUUUUUCAUUACGUAUCUGGCAACGCGCAGAGCUCCUCGUCUCCCUGCUGUCGUCACUGAGGUCAGGUAGACGGAGCGAAGAUGGCGACCGUCUAUGAGCGAUACAAUUUGCACACAACCCCAGAGAAGUUCUUCAUUGAGGCUUGUGAUGAAGGGGCCGAUGCUGUGCUGGCAAUUGACAGGGUCUCCAAUGAGAUGACCCUCACAGGUAAAAAGGAUGUUCCUCCCUCAGCCGUCACAAGACCCAUCUGUGGCAUCAUGGGAACUAUUCGUCUGGUAGCAGGGAUGUACCUGAUUGUCAUCACCAGGAAGAGGAAUGUAGGCAGCCUCUUGGGUCAUGCUGUGUGGAAGGCUGUGGAUUUUGAUGUGAUCUCUUAUAAGAAGACAGUGCUGCAUCUCUCAGAGAUCCAGUCUCAGGAGAAUAAGACCUUCCUGUCUAUGCUUAACAAUGUGCUGACUACAGAUGGCUUCUACUUCUGCACUGAUUUUGACCUGACACACACACUGCAACGCCUGGCUAACACCAGCCCUGACUUCCAGGAGAUGAGUCUGCUGGAGAGGGCAGACCAGAGGUUUGUGUGGAAUGGGAACCUCCUAAGAGAACUGGCUGGGCAGCCAGAGCUUCACAAGUUUGCACUUCCUGUUGUUCAUGGAUUCAUUGUCAUGAAGCCAUGUCGUAUCAAUGGGAAGAUCUUUGAGUGGAUCCUGAUAUCCCGGAGAAGCUGCUUCCGCGCUGGCGUCAGAUACUAUGUCAGAGGCAUUGACUCUGAAGGUCAUGCUGCUAACUUUGUGGAGACUGAGCAGAUAGUUUUGUAUGAGGGAGCAAAGGCUUCUUUUGUACAGACGCGUGGCUCAAUGCCUUUCUACUGGAGUCAGAGGCCAAACCUCAGAUACAAACCUAAACCCAUAAUCAGCAAAACCAUGAGCCAUAUGGAUGGUUUCCAGAGGCAUUUUGAUUCUCAGCUCCUCAUCUAUGGGAAGCAAACUGUUCUGAACCUGGUGAAUCAGAAGGGCUCAGAGAAGCCACUAGAGGAGGCAUUUGCCAAGAUGGUGUCUAGCAUGAACAAUGGUAUGCUCAGUUACAUAGCAUUUGACUUCCACAAAGAGUGCAGCCACAUGAGAUGGGACCGUCUUCAGAUCUUGGUCGAUGCUGUGGCGGAGACACAGGAAGAAUAUGGUUACUUCAUGGUGAACACGGAGGGAAAGACACUGGCACAACAAAGAGGAGUGUUCCGCAGUAACUGCAUGGACUGCCUGGACAGGACCAAUGUCAUCCAGAGCUUGCUGGCCAGACGCUCACUUCAGUCUCAGCUUCAGAGGAUGGGGGUCCUGAAUGUGGGUCAGCGAAUUGAAGAACAGGCGGAGUUUGAGAAGAUCUACAAAAACUCAUGGGCUGACAAUGCCAAUGCAUGUGCUGUGCAGUAUGCAGGAACUGGAGCCUUAAAAACAGACUUCACAAGGACAGGGAAGAGAACUCGGUUGGGGCUGCUGAUGGAUGGUUGGAACUCCAUGAUCCGCUACUACAAAAACAACUUUUCUGAUGGAUAUAGACAGGAUUCCAUUGACCUGUUCUUGGGUAACUUUGCUGUUGAUGAGUCGGAUGGACCUACUCCUCUUCGUGUGCAGAAGGACUGGAAGUUCCUAACGCUGCCCAUCAUUAUGCUGGUGGCAUUUUCCAUGUGCAUCGUCUGUCUUCUCAUGGCUGGUGACACAUGGACAGAGACCCUGGCCUACGUGAUGUUCUGGGGGGCGGCCAGUGCUAUCACAGCCACCAUCAUCCUGUUUAAUGGCCAAGACUUUGUGGAUGCCCCCAAGCUGGUUCACAAGGAGAAGAUGGAUUGAGUGUGUGUGUCUGUGUUCAUGUGAGGAGCAGCUGGAUCCAGCAAACUCAUAUACCUCAUCAUCUUCACCAUAUCCUUCUGCAGAUCUGGACUCUAGACUGAUCUGCUAUUUCCAUUCUGAUCUUUAGUAUUCUCACACAAAACUGUUUCUGUUAUCUGUCUUCAAAAGUGUCACUUUCUUCAGUUGUACUGCACUCUCUUUUUCAUGGUUUACAUUUAGGUACCUAAUUUCUUCAUACUCUGUCUUUAGGUUGGUUUUAUUUGUUGGUUGGUAUUGUCUCUGUUACCUUGACAAAAAUAGAAUUUCUAUUCAAUUAUACAACGGCUCAUUUCCCCUUUGGUUUGGCCUUUUUGUAGUGUGCUUCAUUACAUACCUUUUGCAUUGUAAAUAGUUAUAUCCAAAGGUAUGGCACUUACACAUGCACAUAUAUGAAAUAUAUAUGUUGUAUGUCAAUGGAGCACUCUACACAGUAUGCACACAGUGAGUUUUGAAUGUAAUCAGCCUUACAAAUCUGUAUAGGUAGGAAUUAUGUCGCUAAUCUGUAUUAUCUGAAUAAUAUGUCUUCCUAUUAAGCCUAUUAAUUUGGGAGAUUAUCUAGGAUGGUUAUGUCUUAUUUAUGGCUUUCCAUCUUAAUUUGCACUUUUGAGAACCUUAAAAUGUGCUUCCUACAUUCAUCUGUUAAUCAUUUAUCUGUUUGUACUGAACGUUAGUAAGGGUCCAGCUCUCUACAUAUCAUCUGCUUCUUUAGUUUGUUCCGAAUUCCCACUGACCAAUCCAAUCAGAGCUUUGAAGGAUUGAGUAUAAGGAUUUCGUCUUCCACUAUGGCUACUGAGCUUUUUAGCUGCAGUAAAUCCAUGAAGAAUGAUCUAAGUGGAUAUGUGGAUGAAAUCAACAAAGCUAUUAUCAUAAAUCAUGAGAAACACUAACAUGAUUUUUAUGUUUAAAUAAACACGCUGCCUGGAAGGUUUUGCUGCACGAUAUCUUGUUUGAGCUCACAUCUUAUCUUUUUGGUAUUUAAACUUUAUUUGUUUUUAAAUCAAUAGGAAAUGAUAUAUUCAUCUGAUAUAUCAUUUUCAGUCAUUUACUUGGAGCAGUGAACAUAACAUUUUUAGAGAAAUUGGAAAUAUACCAUUUCAUCCUUUUCAUCCUUUUUUUGCAGUUUUGUGGCAAUUCUUUUCUGCUGGUAAGUGUAUGUAUAUAGGAAGAUAAUUCCCUCAGUGUUAAUUCUGCCUACAGAGCUCUGUUAGUUGAUAACUGAUCUACCAAUAUAAAAACAAAAUUCCACAAAUUGUAGUGUUCAUGUUUCUUAAGAAUACUAGAUAAUUAAAUUGUCACCUUAAAAGACUUAACAGUCAUGAUAAUGACUUAACUAUAUGUUAAUUAACCUAAAUGAAUGCAGUGCGGUUGGUUAUUAAAAACAUAUACGUAUACCAAUCAGGCGUAACAUUAUGACCACCUUCGUAAUAUUGUGUAGGUCUCCCUUGUGCCUCCAAAAAAGUUGUGACUCAUCAGAGAAUGGAUAUUGGCCUUCUAGGGGUGUCCUGUGGGGUCUGGUAACAGAAUGUUUUUAGUGGGGUCUUCAGGUCCUAUGGGUUCAGGGGACAGGUCCUCUGUGGAUCAUCCCACAGCCCUGGUCAACACUUUGUGCUGUUCUUCCUGUUUUUUUUUUUUUUUUGUUUUUGUUUUUUUUGAGUUGGCCGCAUCCUGAAUCCCAACAGAACAUUGAAAUGUCACAUGAUGGUCAAUGUCAUUUAGAUCUUUGUGAGUGUUUUUAAUGUUGUGACUGAUCAGUGUAUAUCCGUUAUGUCAGUUUCUUACUUUCUUUCAGUGUGAUCCUUAUGUAGGUUUUAUGAAGAGUUGGAACAAUCUGUCAGUCAUUGAUGAAUAAGAUAAAUUUAGCAACAGGAAAAGAGUGGAAAAGUGUAUAUUAACAUGUAGCAACAAAGUAGCAUCUAAAAAUUAUUACCAACCAUUGAGGAACUCUGUUUCUUCUGCGAACAAGAUACUUAAUGUAUGAUAAAGAUUUUUUUUGUCAUCGAGAUAACUCUUUCAUAAGAACAUUUUGAGUGAACAAGAUUAAAAACUGUAAAAACAACAUAAUAUCUUUCUUUGACGAGGUAAGGCACGAGGGUUUAUCUUGUGCACACAAAGUGUUGAAUUCCCUGUAGUAGCAGUAAACUACUUUCACCAACUUAGAAUUUGUGUAGAAGGGAACUGUGACCCAUGUUCAAAUUCCCACAAUGCUUGUAUAUUUUAGAAAAGAUGAUAUUAACAUAUUAAGAGUAGACUAUUAUUUGAGGAUGGAAGGGAUUAUUUUAUCAAGACAACAGUCAGGCAGGACCAUCACCAUCAUGUCAAGUAUGUUGACCUUAUAUCCUUUCAUUAUAUUAAGAAAACCAUUCCACUUUUAUUGAUGAUACUUUUAGUUGAUUUUCAAUGUAAUUAGUUUAUUUCUUCUACAGUUUUAAAAUAUGAUUUGCACACAAACAAAAACAAUUAUUUCCAAUAAUGGCACCGUGGACAUAUUGCUGACAUAAGCGGCUGUUUAACUGAGGUAUAUUAGUUUAUGUGUGGGCUAUAAGAUGACAUGCAAACAUUACUGUAUUAUACACAUUGUAUGAAAUUAAAACCUUACGUCCAUUUUCCUUUAAAGAGAACUGUAUCACACAAAUGCAUCUCUUGCUUUCCAGAUGAAGAAUUUGUGUUUCAGAAUAUCUCACAACCCUGUGCAGUACAGCUGAUGUCAGUGUUUUUAUGCCUGUAGGUUGGUAAUUCUUGUGACAUAUUAGGAACACUGGGAGUGUAUUGCUUUAAAAAAAAAUGGACAAAAACUUUCUGAUUUAUUUGAUACCAGUCAUUUAGUUUGUUGUGGAACAUGUAAAUGAUCUUGUGUUUCUCCUCUUCAGUCUGUGGAGGUGCUCUCCUUCCAGAUCCAGGCUUCAUCAUUGUCAAUAAACACAGCAUACACAAA